AUGUUCUCCAAAGUCGUCCUCUUUACAAAGUUCUUCGUCGCCGUUCUUCCUAUCUUGUGUGAACGACUCGUCCUCUCCAUCCGCGCCCAAAUCCAUCACUACACCUACAAGCCCGGCUCUGACCCGCGUAACAUAAUCAUCAUAGGUGGUUCUUUCGGAGGCCAAUCUCUCGCGGUUGAACUAGCCAAAAGAAUUCCCAACGGCUAUCGCGUGGUGCUGAUAGAAAAAAACUCGCAUUUCAAUUUCAGCUGGCUCUUCCCGCGCGUGUCGGUCGUCGAGGGACAUGAACACAAAGCCUUCAUCCCAUACCACGGAGGAUUUGCAAAGCUACCUGCUGGAUCUUUUCAUUUUAUUCAAGCAUGUGUGGUUGCUGUGGAUGAACACGCUGUCACACUGCAGGAUGGGACUCGGCUGGAGUACACCUAUCUUGCGGUAGCCACUGGCUCGACGGGGGUUCCCCCAUGGCAUCUCGCGACGGGAGAGAAAAGGGAUGGGGUGGAGGUCUUUAGGGGUAUGCAGAAAGCUAUCCGAGAUGCAAAAGAUCUGGUUAUUGUGGGUGGUGGAGCUGUAGGUGUAGAGUUGGCGGCGGAUGCGAAGACGAAGUAUCCGGAGAAGAACGUAUCCUUGAUACACUCGCGGAGCACGCUUCUGAAUUCUUUUGGUCCGAAGUUGCAUGACUAUGUCAUGGAAGAAUUUCGAAAAUUGGAAAUCAAUGUGCAUUUGGGUGAAAGGGCACCGGAGGGAGUUCAGAACGAGAAGGCUUUAGACUUCACGCUGAAGUCGGGCAAAGUCGUUACCUUUGACCUCCUGAUUCGGUGCACUGGAGCAAAACCUGCCUCCAGCACCCUGUCAGGAGUGUCGCCCUCCUCCAUCUCUCCUUCAGGAACAGUCCUCGUGAAGAAAACUCUCCAGAUAACAGAUACGAACCACCCUCGGAUUUAUGCAUUUGGUGAUGUAGUAGAAACAGGCGGCGUGAGGAUGGGUCGAGCUGCGACCUUUCAGGCAAGCGUAGUUGCUGCCAACAUUACUCGUUCGAUCAAGGGGAAGCCGCUCAAGGAUUAUAAGAUCUUCUCAUUCCUGGGAGGAAUGAUUGAUCUGACCCUGGGAUUGACAAAAAGUGUCGUGUACAUCAGGGACAACGACAAGGAGUUCCUCAUACCUCGGAAAAAGAAGAUCGAUCUGGAUGCAUAUGAAGCUUGGAAAUUGAACGGUGCUCGUCCAUUUGAAGACAAAGACUAUGAUAUGAAAUUAAGGGCGUGA